ACUGAACCACAGCUUUUUUAAUAUUUCAUAUAAUCUCUAACCCACCGUCUAGCCUUACUAACAACAUUCUAGUAAAUCUGUUCUCUAGCCCUCUCGUCAUCAUCAACCUCUCAAUUCUCAAUCAUUCCUUUUUUUUUUAAUUUUUCUUUUAUAUGCAUAUCAAAUUCUCCAUUUCACCAUGCUAUUACAAUGGCAAGAAUGAGCUGCUGUUUCUUUUGUGUUAUGAACAUGAUGACACUCUUGAUUUCAAUGAUAAUUGUAGGGCAAAUUUCCAAAACCUGGAGGCCAGUUAUAAUUAUGUAUGGCAGUGCACCCUGCGCUGGUUUCCUCAAAAUGCCAAUCCUCUCAUUGGGUAUUUCAAUUCUGAUCGCAUCAGUCAUUGGGUUGAUCGCUUUGUUUUGUCGGGUUUUGUGUCUCCAUCGGGUUUAUUUGUGGGUCAUGCUCUUGAUAAUAAUCGCUCUCUUUAGCUUCAUCGUAUUCUCAUUGCUGGUUACAAGCAAAGGUCCCCGGGAAGAGAGUUCAGGCAGAGAAUACAGCCUUCGUCAGUUUUCUGGUUGGUUGCGAAGGAAUGUUGUCGAUGUAAAGAAUUGGUUUGGCAUCAAUAAUUGUCUGGUUAAGGCUGACGUCUGCAAUAGUUUUGGGAAGAAACUGUCCGUCUUACCUGCAGCAGUCGUAUGGGAGGUUGUUAGCCCUGUGGAGUCAGGUUGCUGCAAGCCUCCGCCUCAAUGUGGGUACAAGUUUAAGAAUGUGAGUUACUGGGAGGAACCAAAAUCAGGGUUGACAUCAAUGGAUGUUGACUGUGUUACAUGGAAGAAUGAGGAAGAUACUGUAUGCUACAGUUGUGAGAGUUGCAAGGCUGGAUAUCUGGUUCAAGUGAGGGACGACUGGCUUAUUCUUAACGCAUUUAACAUUUGUUUCCUCAUUUACCUCCUUAUCGUUCUGGCCAUCGGAUUUUUUUCCUUACCAAACCCUUCAGAAGCCAAUAAGUUUUCCUCGGUUUAGGUGUUCAUCAACUUAGUUAUGUAAUCCUACAUUUGUAAGACCCCUGUGUGUACAUAUUUAGGCAUGUCUAUAAAAAGAAAUGAUUAGCUUUCUUCUAUUUGUCCUUAGCUGUCAAAAGCCAAACAAAAAAAAAAAAAAGGAUGGGGAUUUAGAAAGGAGCUUAACUAUCAAUGCUGCAUA